GUUACCAGAAACCACAAGAGAGCCGUGAGUGCCCCAAAGCAAAACGACAUGUCCCUGCGGGGAGCAGUGCCUCUGUACCCCAGAGUGUGGAGGACACAAGGGUCAGAGGUGGCUGCAGAGCAGGCAGAGGAGGCACCUCUCGAGGAGCUGGGCUGUGGGGCUGCCAGCCUGGGAAGCGUCAGGAAAGGAGGCCAGCUGGUGACAAGAGAGCCCAGAGGCGCCUGGGGCUGUGUGGAGAGCCCGGAAGACUGCAGCCAUGCCUCAUAGCUCCGACAGCAGCGACUCCAGCUUCAGCCGCUCUCCCCCUCCAGGCAAGCAGGACUCAUCUGACGACGUGAGAAAAGUUCAGAGGAGGGAGAAAAACCGCAUUGCUGCCCAGAAGAGCCGCCAGAGGCAGACGCAGAAGGCUGACACCCUGCACUUGGAGAGUGAAGACCUGGAGAAACAGAACGCGGCUCUGCGCAAGGAGAUCAAGCAGCUCACGGAGGAGAUGAAGUAUUUCACGUCGGUGCUCAGCAGCCACGAGCCCCUGUGCUCCGUGCUGGCCACCAGCGCGCCCUCGCCGCCCGAGGUGGUGUACAGUGCCCACGCCUUCCACCAGCCUCACGUCAGCUCCCCGCGCUUUCAGCCCUGAACAGAGGUGCCAAAGCUCUCCCCCAGCUGCUCCAGCAGGCCUCCGGAGGGGCACACAGACUGUGGCCAGGUGGCCCUCGCCCCUCAGAGCCCUCUCUCUGCCUGGAGACGCCAAGACAGAGGCCUGGACAAAGACUGCGCACAGCACUGGAGCAGCUGGAAGUGGGCCAGGCCUCCCAGCAGGGCGGCAGCCCAUCUGCCCCGGCUGGACCCCACGCGGACGGAGGCCCAGCCCAGAGUUGUGUCAGCCAUAGCGCCAAAGGCCUACAACACAGGGUGGGGAGGGCUGGGGAGGGUUAUUUUUCUAAAUAAAUGUCUU